AUGACCGUCAUAAUGAAGCUCCUCUCGGUCCUCCUCUUCGCUAUGGCGGCCCUUGCCGACCCGGUCACCACCUUCAUCCCCGGCGACACCGCCGUUCCCGACGACAUCAACAUGGGCGCUGACGACGAGGGCGGUAAAUGCGGCGUGAAGGUCCAACUACGCCAAGAUUGCAUCAUAGGAGGGAAAACCUUCUACACCGGCUACAUACACUGCCUCACUGACACGGCGAACUGGUGUCGCCUCUUCAAUAAGCCGGAUGGCGGUCCCUCAAAGCCCGCGGAGAUGAAAUUCGGCUACAACGACACGACCUACUACGGAACCCAGCUAGAAGAGUGGGCCCACUGGCUGAAGAUCGGACCGGUCAAGGAUGCGAGGCUCCAGUUCGGCUACAACGCAUGCAAUUGGGAUAUGUUCAAGGGAGGCGACUGCUCGAGGUGCACACACGGCGACUGGUCGGCGAAAGACCUGAAGUGCGACGAGCAGGGAGGUGGGAAGGUGGGAAGUUUCAGAACUAUGAAUGUCACCUGCACGUUCGACUGCGAUGGUAAGGACCCGCCGACAAAGAACGCGAACUGA